AUGUUUCCGUCAUCGGUUGGGUGUGACAAUAUGGGCACCCUACCCAAAUGUGAUGUGUGUCAGUUUCAUCACACAGGACGAUGCAGAGCUGGAAAAUGUGAAACGUGCGGAAAAGUUGGCCAUGCCAAAGAAACAUGCUGGUAUGGUGCCGGUCGUGGGAAUAAUGGUCAGAGAGGAAAUGGUAAUGGCAACGAAAACCGUGGUGGCAACAGUUAUGGCAACAGAAACCAAGGUGGAAACAAUAAUCAAGGAGGUGAUGGUAAUCGUGGUGGUUCUGGAAGCCAAACUGGUAAUGGAAACCGCAACCAAAACAACAACCAGGGUGGUACUGGAAAUAAGCAAGGAUGCUUUAGUUGUGGAGAUGUUGGGCAUUUCAAGCGAGAUUGCCCAAAGAACAAUCAAGCCCAAGGAAGAGACUUCAACAUAGGAGCUAGGGAAGCUUGCCAGGAUCCGAACGUAGUCACGGGUACGUUCCCUAUCAACGAACACUUUGCAUCUGUGCUGUUUGAUACCGGUGCCGAUUAUAGCUUCGUGUCCCUAGAAUUUAAGGAUAUACUUGGGUUAGUUGCCAGUAAGUUAGAUAUUCCAUACUCGAUAGAACUAGCUAAUGGAAAGCAAGUAGAGGCAAACAAGUGA